AUGCGCCUCUCUCGCCUCCACCCUGUCUUCCCCGUGGUCAAGCUCCAGUUGGCCGAAGACGACCCGUUCCCCACUCGCCCGCGUCACGAAGAACCACCCCCUGUCCUAGGACAAGGCGAAGGAGAGGAGUGGGAAGUGGAGGAGAUCCUAGACGCAAAGAUGCGAUACCGGAGUGUCUGGUUCCGAGUGCGAUGGAAGGGCUAUGACCCAUCUCAUGACCAGACUCUGAGAUCGGGCCUCGAGGUUGCCCUUACAGCGAUGGCGCAGAUGCAGGCCAAGCGCGACCUCCAUUCCACUAUGCUUGCCCCGGGGACGUCCAUGGGAGAUCAUAUUGCGCGCAUGCGUAGCCUAUGGCAGCGGGCAAAUGAAGUCGGGGCUGCAAUUUCUGAUGCCGAUUUCGUCUCGACUUUCAUCGGAUCCCUUGGGGAAGAGUGGGACGCCGUUGUCCCGUUGCUGUAUGGCAUGAAGACCUCUGUUGAGGUGAUCAGUUUCGUCACCAUGCAUGCCGCCCGCCUUGACAACUGA